AUGUCCAUGAUCACCACCACAGCCUGGGUGCGACGGGGUGUCGCUGCUCAGUUCCCCACGAAGUAUGAAAUUGAUGAAGAGGAGAUGGAUCGCAUAUCGAAAUUGGCUCGGAUUCAACUCGAGGGUGCCAGGGAGGAUUUACAGGCUGCCAAGGAGGAGAAGGAUGCUAGUGCUGAUCAUGAUGAGGCUAUGGGUGAAGGUGAAGAUGCUAUGGAGGAGGAUACUAAGAAGGAAACGGAGACUGGUGAUUCGAAAAAAGCAGAUGACAACGAUGAUGACGACCUUAAAGAAUACAAUCUUGACCAUUAUGAUAGCGACGAGGUGGAUGAGGAUGGCGAGAAGAUUACAAUGUUCGGAAAUGUCAAAUCGUUGGCGUAUCAUCAGCCCCAUGAAGAGGAUCCGUACCUUGUAAUUCCCGAAGACGAGGACGAAGAGGAGGAAAGAGAAGAAUUACAGAUCAUGCCUACAGAUAACCUACUUCUCACCGGUAAGGUGGAGGAUGAGGUCGCGCACCUCGAGGUCUACGUUUACGAGGAUGAAGCCGACAACCUAUACGUGCACCAUGAUAUCAUGCUACCUGCCAUCCCUCUCUGUCUGGAAUGGCUGGAUAUUCCUGUUGGGAAGAAUACCGAGGGCCGCACGACGGGCAACUUUGUGGCCGUGGGGACGAUGGAGCCGGAUAUUGAGAUCUGGGAUCUCGAUAUCGUGGACUGCAUGUACCCCAAUGCUAUCCUGGGACAAGGUGGGGAGGACGAGGCGAGCGGCGGCGCAAAGAAGUCCAAGAAGAAGAAGCGCUCCAAACCCAACGACCACUACCACGUUGAUUCUGUGCUCGCAUUGGCCGCCAACCGACAGCAUCGAAACCUUCUGGCCUCAUCCUCAGCCGACAAAACAGUCAAGCUGUGGGAUCUCAAUACCACCAAGUGCGCCAAAUCGUACUCGAACCACACGGACAAGGUCUGCUCCCUGGACUGGCAUCCGAAGGAAUCCACCGUUCUACUCAGUGGCAGUUAUGACCGUACGGUGGUCGCAGCCGACAUGAGAGCGCCCGAUGCCAAGGCACGAUGGGGUGUCGAUGCCGAUGUCGAAAAUGUACGAUGGGACCCCCAUGAUCCUAACUACUUCUAUGUUACGACGGAUAGUGGGAUCGUCUACCGCUACGACGUCCGAAACGUGCCUGCCAGCCCACAGGAGUCGAAACCCGUAUGGACUCUGCAGGCUCACGAUUCGUCCGUUUCCUCGUUUGACGUCCACGGUAGUAUCCCCGGUUUCCUAGUGACCGGAUCCACCGACAAGCAAGUUAAGCUCUGGAACAUUCAGGACGACAGGCCUAGUCUGGUCGUUUCGCGUAAGUUGGAAGUAGGUAAGGUGUUCUCGACCAGCUUCGCUCCGGACCCGGAGGUGGGCUUCCGCCUGGCGGUUGCCGGCAGCAAAGGAGCGGUUCAGGUUUGGGAUACGUCAACCAAUGCGUCGGUGCGACGUGCCUUUGUGAAUCGGUUGCCUGCACUGGAGGGCGAAGUGAAGGAACGAACGGUCGGAGUCGCUGCUGACGAUGACGAUUCGGAGGAUGAGGGGGAGGAAAGCGGCCAGGCAGGGCCCGUGGAGCAAGGUGCAGACGGGUGGGAGUCCAUGGACGAGGAUUGA